CCUCUAAUGAAAAUAGUCACAUGCAUCAAAACGGAAUGACCAAUGGUUAUGCAUCUACAAAUGAAAUUCAAAAUGGCCACAUAGAAGUUGUCAAGAAUGGCAACACAGAUGUCAUCUCGCCCCUUCGCGGACCCGACAGCCCGAUGAAUUCUCCAAAACUUGUCCAGGAAGUAUCCAAGAAUGGCGAGAGGAGCAUAGAAUCGGAAAACGAAAUGUAUGUCGACGAUUUCGAAGAAUGCGGGAAAUCCCCAAUUUCUGUGUGCAGUACGCAAGCUUUAAGCAGCACAACUUCAGUCAGUAAUCAAGAAAAUUCCCUUCAAAGCCCAUCUAAAAAGACUUUAAUCCCUUUGUCUCUAAAACCAAACGAUUGUGAAACAUCAUCUGCUUUAGCUGUAAAGGAUAAAAUACUAGAUAAGAACAGAGACAAAAGUCCAAUUCCAGAAGUGACUAUAAAACGUUUUAUCAAGAAAAAAAAUAAAGAAUCUUCUAAAAACGAUUCCAUGAGUUCACUUGAUCCGAAUUCUGCAGAAAUCGUCAGAAAACCUCUUCUUGUUCAAAAUUUUGGGGAAGAAAAAGUGAAAUUAAAAGUUAAGUUGAAACCCAAAGCAAAAUGUGACGGCCAUUCACCUUCCUCGGAAAUAGAAAGUUCUACAUCCAAUCCCGAGGCCCAAAAUGUCAGGAGUCGGAAUGAUGAAAAGCUUUCUGACAAAGAGGAGAUUGAGAAAAAUUCUAGUCCUUUACUUAAUAACAUUCCUCAUGGUAGUUCCAACAAAGCAGUAAAUGAUUGUAGUUCCUCAGAAAUAAAAGGUGAAGUUCACCCUCGAUCGACCGACUGUCAUCCGAGACGAACCGAACUAUCUCUCUGCAACGAUAAUAAAAUGUCCAUCAAGAUAUCUGAUCCUUUGCUGAACAAAAUUAUGUCCUCUGAACUCUCACAAUCUGCUACUAAGUCGCCCACCAAUGAACUGACUGAUUCAAAGAAAGAGGACCCUGUACAUAUAAAAAGUUCUAAGCAUGUUGUACCAAAACAGAGAAAAACAGGAGCAAAAUUAGUGACCCCCACAGUUUUUUCAAAAAAUCAAGAGAAUCAAAAGGAGUCUGACACAGCUGACAGCAAACGGAGCCCAAUCACCAGUAUAGGAAGCGAAUAUGUCCCUUGCGUUAUAUUCAAUUCCUCUGAAAAAGGACCAGAUUUGAAUUCGAAUUCGAGCAGUCCUUGUAGCGACGAAGUGAAAGAGAUGCCGGUUGAUGUUCAAGGUGUGUCUGUCUGUAAACAGAAAGCAAAGAACAAAUCUUCAAAGAAGAAGACAUCAAGUCAAAAACAAACAACACAUAUUGAAGAAUCAAUCUCUAUUGGCAAAGAAUCAAUCAACAUCAUUUUCGAAUCUCAUCCCACGAAUAAUUCUAAUCAGGAACUUCCAAGCAGAGGGAAUGAAGAUUCUAUAGGCAGCGGUGAAAGAAAUCCCCUCCUCUCCAAACAGGAGGUUGUUCCUGUAGAGAAAGUGGCCGAAGAAAUGGAAAAGUUGAUUCUGGAGCAGCUGGAAGAAGAGGAACGUGCUAAAGAACUUGCAGCUGAGAUUCAACAAAUAAAAAGUGUGGAACAUCUACUAACUGCUCCUCCCCGUUUAGCUGAACCUCCCAAAGAAAAACCUCCUCCCCCUCCCAUAAGUUCUAAUGAAAUACAAAAACCUAAUUCCCUGAAGAGAGUCAACUCAACAAAAAGAAUCAAGAAAGAAAUUCAUAAAAGGCGCUCAAAUUUCUUGGGAAUUGAAAACACCGAUGAAAAUAUUGUAUGUGAUGAAUCUUCAGUGCCACCCCCUCUCGCUCUAGAAGAGAUUCUCAAGGCUGAAAUGGAAUUGGACAGGGAGAGCAGGAAGAAGCUGGAAAACGCCACCGUCGAAAGACUCACGCUCGAAGAGAAAGAGAUAAUGCAGAAAGAGCGGGAAAUCAUCGAGACACUGGAGUCUGAAGAGAGGCGGAGACUGCUUUAUGGCAUCCAUUCUGAAUUACCCAGCAUGCUCCCCAACGACUCGAGGCAGACGAAUUGCGAGGAAGAUCGCAUUCUUGACCUACAAGAAGAAAGGAAACGUUUGGAAGAAGACCACCUGUUCACUAAGGAAAAACAACUUAUACUAGAGCGUGCAGAGUACAUCAAGAGACAAGAGGAAUCUCCUUCUGUGGCUGAUCUCUCUGCACCUCUGCUCUCUGCUGUGACACAUUUCCCUUCUCCCGCUCCUUCUCUCUCUUCUGAUCCUCUCGAGUCGAACUCUAGUGCUUCCCCCGGUGGUGGUGAUGGGAAUUCCGUUCUGUCCGAUAACGUGCCGAUAGCGCCCCCUGGCGAGAAAACCGAAGGAGAGGCUCAGACGAUCAAGCCGCCCAAGCCGAUCCCUCCCCCGAAGCCUUUGAAAAAGAAGGAGGCUAUCCGCAAGGAACGCGAGAGGCUCAGGCAAGAGCAGGAGGCUCUCCAGAGGGAGAAAGAGGAGCAUCGGCGCAAACUGGCAGAACAGGAAGAGCUCCUGAGAAACCAAAAAUCCCAUGGAGAUGCAGACUGUCUUCUCAUGAACGGACCCAUGAGGCCUGUCUCGUCUCGCAUAAAAUCACCACAGAAUGACGCCUGGGGACAGCAAAAGGUCCCUUCCGUGAGGAAGCAGAACCCGGACGCUUUGACUGAAAUCAGGUACAACCAGAACCACUGGCUCAUCCAGGAGGCGGAGAUGCGGCGCAUCGCAGAGCAGAGGGAGCGCCUGCGUGCCGCCGCCCUUCAGUCCGACCCUCGGACCCAUCUCGCGGAAGAUGACGUCUGCAGUGCCCGCGGGGUCCAGAAGUACCCCCCGGCGGUGAGCUCGGACAAGCCCCUGGUCUUCUCCCGGAGGAACGUGCUGCCCCCCACGCCGCCCGCCAAGCCCUCCCGGCAGCAGGAGCAUGUGCUGUCCGUCAGCGGGAGGAAGAGGUGCUCGCACUGCGGAGAGGAGCUAGGCAGGGGUGCGGCCAUGAUCAUCGAGUCCCUGCAGCUGUACUACCACAUCCAGUGCUUCCAGUGCUGCGUGUGCCAGGCGCAGCUGGGCAACGGCUCCUGCGGCACCGAUGUCAGAGUGCGCAACAACAAGCUGCACUGCCACAACUGCUACAGCAACGACGAGGCUGGUUUGAAGUUCAGCCAAGUUUAGAGCCAAUGCCGAAUAAAUUGUAAAUAUAACCAGAGAACAGACAUCGAGCGAAAGAGGGCGUUCUCUUCCUUCCGGUUCCAUCGAUCUUCCAGCGAUCAGUAUUCAAAAACAGCUGCUGGGGCCAUCGAUGGCCAGGACAAGCCGCCAUUUUGAUGGCAGAUGUGUCAUCGACGCCAUUCGAGUUCAGAUUUUAUUUUUGUUACUCCCAUCCUCGUGGACAGGCAGCCUUCGGUUCGAAGCGAAGACUUGCUCAAAAUGUUCUGCGGACCUCUCGAAGCAUCUUUGAUUGCCUGUAGCGUCGUGUUGGUUGUGAGAGUUUAACUCAUUUAGGAUAUAUGGGCAGUUUCAAAAAGAUUCAUCACUUGUUGCUCAAAACAACCUACAGAUUGUGUUAUUGCAUGAUCUUGAUGAAGAAUAUGAACUCUACUUCUACAACAUGCAGUAAAACUCAGAAACAUUAUUUGAAUAUUGUGCAUGGACAUUGUCAAAAUUUAAUUGCAUGAUAUGGAAGUAGAGUCAAUGUUCUUCAAAAAUUUCAUGCAGUGAAAAAAAAUAAUAAUUUUUUUUAGUCUUUGUAGAGUGUUUUGCAUAAUUUGAUUCAUCUGUAACAGUAGAAUUGCCGAUGUUUGUCCUCCAAGCUCAAAUUUAUGAAUGGCCAAACGCAAAUAAUUUUUAAAUGAUUUUGUUUUACAGUUUCUUGAGGCAUCAGAAUCUUAAUAUUGGUAAGGGGGAGGGGUGUUAAAAAGUAUCCCACCACCCUGCAGGAAUAUUGGUAAGGGGGAGGGGCGUUAAAAAGUAUCCCACCACCCUGCAGGAAACAUCUCAAACUUUAAACCUACUCUAGAGAUAAUUAGUCCAAAAAGAUUUAUAAUCUUCAGUGGGACAUUUUUUGUUUUCAAAUAACAAAAUAUUUCUUAUUUUAAAUUGAUUGUGGAGUUAGUUUUAUUAUUAUUUUUUAAAUUAUGUGUAUGGGGCGAGGGGGGGGGGGAAGACCCAAAGCUAAAUUUGCCCUGAUUUUUUACGACUAUCUCCAGUAUAACGCAACCAGAAAAGAAACACUGUAGUUGAUCCAUUCACUAACAGAAAGUUGUUCAUUUGGUAGAUUUUUUAAAUGGACAUUUUUGAUGCCCUCCCUUCCUUUAGUAAGUUGUGAGGGAGAGAGGGUAGCCCUCUCAAAUCAACCAACACGACGCAACUCGAAAUAUUUAUAAAUCCUAUGUUGCUGAUCCUUUGUCAAAAUGCAUCUUGUGCUAAAGUACAGAAAAUUCUAGAAAAAUCAUCGUCGUAGACAAUUAUUUCGAGUCUAUCGCGACUUCUGAAAACAGCCAUCAUGUAGCAUUGUACAUAUGUAAAACUAUGUAUGUUGUUAAUAGAUUUGUGUGAAGUCAUUAUAGUAUUACUUGCCAAUAUUGUAUAUUGCUCUAUUAUAUUAAUUUUAUCGCGCUAAAUUUUCGCAUGUAAAAUGAAUGCAAAGAUGUUUAUUUGUACUGUGAUAUAUCAAUUUCAACUAUCAAUGGGGCUUUUAUAAUUUUAUAUGCUCGCCAACUUUGUCGCCAAACACGGCUGAGUAUGAUACACUGAGCAAAAUCUCUCUGGAAGUUGAUCGUAACACCAAAUUCUUCCCAUAUAACAGUAUUGAUGUGGAUCGACAACAUCUAAACGAGUUUGGUGACAGACUUGGCGAACAUGCGAAAAUCAUCCCCCACAAACGUCAUGUAAAUUAAAGAAAUAGGACUAUUGUUCAUUCUGUAUAUUAUUAGUAAAAUAUGACUUGAAAAAUGGGUGCCUUAUAGUAAUUUGAUGAAUUAAAGUCUAUCUGAACAGCCAAACGUGAACGUGUGUGAUGUGAAGUUCCUGUACCUUAGAAGUAAUCUUGCUACCUGAAAAGAUAUAUAUUCAGACCUUUUUCAUAUAAAAUUUAUUCUUGUGUAAAUAAAAUCUAUUUUGAAUGUCAUAAAACUGUAUUUUUGCAACCAAAAUCAUGAUAUGAAAAUUAUUUUUAUUGGUGCAAUAAUCCUGUGCCACCAUUAAAAGCUACAGCUGAGACUAUUGUUUUCAAAUAAAAUUUUAU